GUACUAGCCUGCCCUCCCACUAGUCCAGGAAACCACCCAGCUGACCCCCCUCCGUCUACUCCAUUGUUAAACCCAAAGGGAAACAUCGAAACCUUCUUUAUAGAAACUUUCAGGCUUCGUAGACUUUCGCAGAGGUUUAUCUUUAUUCACUGGCCUCUUAAUCUGACUCAUAACCAACUUUACAAACUAUUGGAACUUGGACUACUCCCGAAGCCGAAGGAGUGCCCCUUGUAGAGAAAAAGAAAAACUUUACUAGGAGGCAUAGCAGGAAUUCACGAUUCCAUUCCACCAUUUUGAGGCGUUUUUUCAGGAAGUUUUCAGGUGGACUGCUUUUUGACUCUGUGUGAACAUGACGACCAUUAACACUGCCAACAUCAACUUUAAAUGGGACCCCAAGAGCCUGGAGAUCCGUACUCUGGCAGUGGAGAGGCUGCUGGAGCCACUGGUCACCCAGGUCACGACCUUGGUGAACUCGAGCAACAAAGGCCCAUCCAACAAGAAGAAAGGCCGCUCCAAGAAGGCCCAUGUUCUGGCUGCGUCGGUAGAGACGGCCACAAUGAAUUUUCUGGAUAAAGGAGAGAAGAUUGCCAAAGAGAGCCAGUUCCUGAAGGAAGAGCUGACCGCUGCUGUGGAGGAUGUCCGUAAGCAAGGUGAGUCCAUGAAGCAGGCGUCUGGGGAGUUUGCAGAGGACCCGUGCUCCUCGGUGAAGAGGGGCAACAUGGUGCGUGCGGCCCGGGCCCUGCUCUCCGCCGUCACUCACCUGCUCGUCCUGGCCGACAUGUCGGAUGUGUACAAGCUGCUCCUGCAGCUCAAACUGGUGGAGGAGAACCUCGUCAAGGUCCGCAAUGCGGGAACCGAGCAGGACCUGGGGAUCCAGUACAAGGCCCUGAAACCAGAGGUGGACAAGCUCAACAUCAUGGCUGCCAAGAGACAGCAGGAGCUGAAGGAUGUCCACCACAAGGACCAAAUGGCGGCGGCCCGCGGCGUGCUGCAGAGGAACAUCCCCAUGCUGUACACGGCGUCCCGCGCCUGCCUGCAGCACCCUGACGUGGCGGCCUACAAGGCCAACCGUGACCUCAUCUACAAGCAGCUGCAGCAUGCCGUGUCGGGCAUCUCCAACGCCGCCCAGGCCACCGCCAGCGACGACGCUGCCCUCAACCACCCCGCGGGGGGAGGGGAGCUGGCCUAUGCCCUCAAUAACUUUGACAAACAAAUCAUCGUGGACCCCCUGGCGUUCAGCGAGGAGCGCUUCCGCCCGUCUCUGGAGGAGCGCCUGGAGAGCAUCAUCAGCGGCGCCGCCCUCAUGGCCGACUCGUCCUGCACGCGCGACGACCGCCGCGAGCGCAUUGUGGCCGAGUGCAACUCUGUCCGCCAGGCACUGCAGGACCUGCUGUCAGAGUACAUGGGCAAUGUAAGACUCUUUCAUCACUCCCUUUCCCUCUCUCCCCCCCACCCCUCUUCUUUUUUCUUUUUUUUACCUCUAUUGCGAGUGCCUCAUUACCCACACUAUUCCAUCUCUUUUUUCCCCCCUAACCUCCACUUUUCUCCUCCGCACACACACACAAACACACACACACUCGGCUCCCCCUCUCCACAUGGGGUAAUGGGGGUGCCUCAUCUCUCUCACAGCCUUUCCUCUCUCCUCCCCGUUCUUUAUCUCCCUCCGCACUGCUCCGCAGGGGGUUAGGAGGCUUGCGCGCCUCACCCUGCCUUCACGUUUGCUAGUCUCUCCCUGUGUCUCCCUAUCCUU